AUGGGUUUCGAAACCGUCCCCAAGGCAGUUUCAGUUCCCAAGAGCAGUGAUGCUGACUCCAGCAUUACCGGUGUCACAGGCAACAACAACAACAACAAGGGUGCCGCACAGGGAGGAAAGAUCCACAAGCAACUUCCAUCGCAUUGCUCUCAGCUCACUUCGUCGCAAGAUGUCAUGUCAGAUGACAAAGAAGAAGAAGAAGAAGAAACCAAGACAGGCAAAGAGUCGGAUGACCAAGUUGAAGUUGUUGUUGUUCCAAGGAAUGAAAGAGACAUCGGGUUCGGCGAAGAGGACGAGGAAGAAGAAGAACAACCCAUGCCGGCACUACAAGGAAUGGCUUCUAGAUUGCCUGUCGAAAUGCAGCAGGUUCUGUUGGAUUUUCGUGAGAGGGAAGCCAAUGGCACUACGCUUCUUAACAUCCAGCCAAGGCCAUGCUCGCAACCAACGUUUGCUGAAACCCAAGCCAGAGUCGCGCAAGAAGAAAUUCGUGGAGGUAGUUCGAACAUCAACUAUGGGACUGGAGGAGUUUACUAUGCCAACAGGGCACGCAAAGAAGACCUGAAUAUCGCCACUGCACAGCAGUACUUUGCGCAAGAGGAGGACUGA